GCUGCCUGUCCAUCGUAUCUCUGUUGUUUGUGUUGCUUCUGCUGUCUGUGCUUCUCUUCUUCGGCGCGCGUCGCCUCCCGCUUUGUGCUUGCGGAAAAUUUUUCACUCGCUCUCUUUCUUCAGCACCUGAGCUGUCUGUGUCUCUGCUGCUUCUUCUUCUUCCCUCGCCAUCUGCUGCUGAUACCUCUUCAUCCUUACUCGCUCCCAACGCCUGUCUUCGCCAUCCAUAUUCAACUGCCCCCAGAGACUCUCCAUCACCCUGUGGCGUCUUUGCCAUCCUUCACCAUGGCCUCCAUCGAAGAACAAAUCCAAAAAGCUGUUCAAAUCGCAUACAACCCUUCCAACUCAAAUGUCUUACUCCAAGAGGCUUUGAAUUUCAUCAAAGAUUUGAAAAAAAAUGCUUCUAGCUCCUGGAAACCAUGCUUGAAUCUCCUCAUCAACAAAAACGACUAUCCUACAAAGUUUUUCGCUCUACAGAUUGUUGAUAUUCACAUCAACAACAUUUCUUUGCUCAAUCUAUCGAGCCCAAAUAACAUCAAUUACAGCAGCAACAUCAACGACUUGAAUGAAAUCAAAGACGUUCUCUUCAAUUACUUUAAAUUCAAAAUUAUCAACGAAAAUCUAAACCAUCCUGACUUUUUGAAAAAAAAAUUAUCAGCCACUUUCACCAAUUUGUUCUUAUCCACUUAUCUCAACAUUUGGCCUGAUUUUUUCAAAGAUUUCACAAACAUAUCCAUCCAAUCUGAACUAGCAAUGUACUAUUACCUAGAUAUUCUAAUCUACAUCCACCAAGAAAUCGCUGAUCAAUCCCUAUCGCUAUCUCUAUCCACUCUAUCAAAUAACCUAAACGACCUCUCCAACAACAGUUCUCAACCAAACCUUCAACCAAACGACCAAUCCAUCAAUUCCUCCCUACUAAACCCUGAGCUGAUCCUAAGGAGAAACUCAAACCUAAAGGACAUCAUUCGUCUAAAUGACACCAACGACUUGAUUCUAAAUCUCAAAAAUCUACUAAUCAAUUCCUCAAACAAUAUCCUAAUCAUAAAAUCUCUAUCUGUUCUAGGCUCCUGGUCAAUUUGGAUAGACAUCAAUCUAAUCAUCAACAAUGGCUUUCUAAACAUCAUCCUAAACUACCUAUCAAACAACCACUCAAACAAUAUCAACACCAACGACAACCAGCUAACCAUCGCUCUCCUAGAUUCCUUAAACAACAUUAUAAAGAAAAAAAUGUCUCCGAAUGAAAAAAUACAACUAUUAUCCCUCCUAGAUCUAGCCGAAAUUGCAAACACCCUAUUCCAAUCAAACCAAGUCCUAAUAUCCUACAACAAAAACAAAAACAACAUCGCCAACAAUAACGACAAUGUUUUCGAUGACGAUGAAUAUGUAGACCUAAUGAAAAUGCUAACUAAACUAACAAACACCUUUUCAAAUGAAUACCUCUCAAUACUAUCAACCUCAAUUUCUUCUUCAACCUUCUCUGCAUCUUCUUCCUCCCCAUCCCCUUCUUCUAACCUCAAUUCUUCAUUUCAAUUAACUAACGAAAUCUUCACUUUAAUAUUUAAUCAUCUUUUUAACAUUUCUCCACUAAUAUUACUACUCUUAUCAAACGAUUACGAUGAUGUCUCAGAACUAAUCUUUCCCUUUUUAUCAAAUUUCUUAUCCUUUCUAAAAAAAAACUCAAAAUUCUUAAUCAAUAACAACAACAGCGAUCAGAAAUUCAAUGAAAACUUACUACAGCUACUAUCAAAGCUAUUGUCAAAAAUUAUCAUUAAAAUGAAAUUCGAUGACGACGAUGAUGGUCUAGACGACGAAUCAAUUGAGACAUUCAAUGAUUUUAGAUCAAAGAUCAAAAGCUUUCAAGACAGUAUCGCUCAAAUCAACUCAGACUUAUACUUUAAUAAAAUUACAAACAUCAUAGAAUCAACUCUAUUUUUCAACAACAAUCCCGCCAACAACACCUUGGACAAUGAAUUCAGUAACAUCCAAAUCAACUGGCAGGCCAUUGAAUUAGGUCUAUACCAAUUAACAAACUUAAGUAACUCACUAAGAAAUAACUUGCUUAAUUUACCUAAAAACUCUAUACAAGAUUCAAAACCUUUUCAAACUUUCAAAAACUAUUUGAUCAAUUUAAUCAAUCAAAUUUCAGUAAUCAAUAACAAUAGUUCUGAAAGUGAAAAUAAUAACAAUAAUAAUAAUGAAAACAACAUAUUAUUGAUAAAGUUCAACCAUCCGCUAAUUCAGUUGCUAUUCUUUGAAUUGAUUAUAAAACAUUACAAUUUUUUCAUUUCGUCCGAAAAUCUAAAUAUAAACUCAAACAAAAAACUAUCAGUCAAUGAAAACGAAAUCAACUUGAAACUAAUCAAAGAAAUAUUAAAUAUUCUAAACUCCAAAUUCGGAUUGUACAACGAAAAUGAAAAAGUCCAAUUAAGAUCAUGGUAUCUAUUUUAUAGAUUCAUCAAAUUAACCAAACCAAAUUUAGAUUCAUUCUUUUUAAAAGAUUUGGUUAUUAAUGUAUCUCAAAAUUUACUAAAGAUACAAGAUUAUGAUGAAAUUGAAUCUAACAAUAAUAAAAACAACAAUAACGAUGAAGAAUUGGUUGAUGAAUCAAACUUUGAGACUCAAUUGUAUUUAUUUGAGACUAUUGGAAUCUUAAUUGGAUUGAUGAAAGGGGAUGUUAGUAGUGAAAUUGAAUUUAUUGAUUUCUUAUUAAAUCCAAUAUUUCAGGAUAUAUCAAAUAACCUUGAGAAAUACCAAAUGAAUAGUUUAAAUGAGGAGAUCAAUAAAAGAAUAACAUUCAAGAUCAAUCACUGUUUAAUCAGUAUCGGGAACUUUUUAAAGGGGAUUGAUAAUGAAAAUGGAAAUAAAAAAGAUGAAAGAAUUUAUUUGAAAUUGGUGAAUAUAAUCGAUUGCACGUUAGUUAUAUUGGAGAAUUUAAAUAAAUAUGAAAGCAUCCGAGACGGAUCUCGAUUUAUAUUUUCAAGAAUUAUCCCAUUGGUUAGUAGCGAUAAUAACAAUAAUAAUAAUAAUAGUAAUAAUAAUAAUAGUAAUAAUAAUAAUAAUAGUAGUAACAUCGAUAUUAGUAACCAUCUAAGUCGAUUGAUUGGAAAUAUAUUAAUAGUGAAUGACUUGAAAUGUAAUGAAAUUUGUGAUUUAUUAAGAUUCUUAGGACAAAUAAUUCACAAUUAUCAACAGGAUAAAAGGAUAUAUGAAUUGAUCAAUAAUUUAUUUUCGCCAUUGUUUGAAAAGAUUUUCUCACUUUUAAAUCAAGGAGUUGAUAAUGAUGGAAAUAAUAGUAAUGGCGUUAAUAUUAAUUUGGAUAUUGAAAGAGACAAGAACAAUUUGGUUAAGGGGUAUUUAAGUUUUCUAUUAAAUUUGACAGUUAAUCAUUUUACCAGUUUGUUGAUUAGCGAGAUCAAUAUCAAGAUGUUUAAUCAAAUAUUGAAUAUAAUGUUUUUCUCUAUUAUCCGAAACGAUAAUGGUGGAAACGGUUACAAUGGCGGUUAUAACUACAGUUACAAAUUUGACAACAGUGGGAACAUUAAUAUUGUCAACGUUAAAAACUGUUUUAAUUUCUUGAACAAUUACUUGAAUAGUUUGAGCAAUUUAGAGAAAAAGGAUUUAUUGGAUAAUAAUAUCGAACAAGGUGAGAUCAAUAAAAGAGAAGCGGAAUUGAGAGAGAUCGACGAGUACUUGAUCAAGAAUAUUGUGUCAGCCAGUUUUGAGAUUCCAUUCAAGGAAAUCAAGAGUAAAAGCAGCAAAGAAGAAAAGAGUGGGAACUUGAGUAACGGCAAUGCCAAUGGAAGUGCCAAUGGAACCGGUAAAAACCGCAAAAGUAGCAUCAAGUUUAAUUUGAAGAAACCACAAAACAAGAUAUUGGCGAUGGAAAUAGCCACCAGCGUCAAGGUGUUGUACGCCAACUACAAGGACAUAUUGAUCAACUACUUGGCCAAAUUCUAUUUUGUGGAAAUAGGAAUUCCAGUCGCUGUGGGGGAGCUGUUCUUGCAAAAUUUGGUCGCCUUGGAUGUGAAGGAGUUCAAGAACUACUACCUCAGGUUCAUCCAGGAAAUGAACGCGAUGAUUGUAUAGAGUGUAUAAAAAGUAAUAAAUACAAUAAAUGGGCAAACAGCACAGACAGCACAAGCAG